GGACAGAAACCAUUCAUGAAAUUCAAGAUCAACGAGAGGGACCCCCUGGCCAGAUUUGUGAUUUUGGAGCAUGAAUACGUAGACAACUACUCGGCGAUCAGCACAGUUAACCAGUCAGCCAACAUCUCCCAUAUGCAUAUAGAGUUCAAAUUUAAUGAUUGCGGUAUUAACACGGAGUGUGCGGUGUUGAUACAGGGACAACAGGUUGGUAAGGCCAAGGAACCCACCAAGAAAGCCGCCAAGGAGAGUGCAUCGGCACAAGCACUCGAGGAACUCCGGCGCAGGUGCUAUACUCUCAAGAUCUUGAAGAAGCACGCAUCAGAGGAGGAGGUGUCCAUCACCGACGUGGAUGGAAGGGUGUCCAAGGUAAAUGACGUAGGUGCCUCCUUAGACAAGCCCAUGGAGGACUCGUCCGUAGGUAGCAGGCUUCUCAAGAUGAUGGGCUGGAGUGGCGGAGGACUAGGCAAGGAGGAGUCAGGCAUCACAGAACCUAUCAGGCCAGCUACUGUAUUUGGGCGUGAAGGACUGGGUCAUCAGGAGCAGGGCGUCACACAAAAGUUCCGCUCGUACAUCAGGAAUCUCCUGUCAGACUUUUCUAGGGGCACUAGCCUCAAGGACUUGGCCUUCUCGCCAGAGUUCUCCAGGGAGCAGCGGGCCGAGAUACACAUGGCUGCUCGUAAAUUCAAGCUAAAGACCAAGAGUUUUGGCGAAGGACAGAACCGCUUUGUGCUGUCCCGCAAAUUCUCAGCCCUUGAGCUCAUCGAGAAGAUCAUGCAGGAGGGCGGGACGAGCAAGUACGAGGUUGUGCCCACAAGGCGCUAGUAACAGGGGGGGCAGUUUUAUGUCAAAAGGAACACAUUGCAGGACAGUGCUGUUUGCAAGGAGGGCAUUGUUGCUGAAGUUCCCCCCCCCCCCCAUUCCCUUUUCCAAACACACUUAUAGU